CCGAGUUUCAGAAGCACAGUAGCAUCGAUACUCGUUUUUAAGCAAAUUGGUAUGCGUACGGUUGGCAUUUUGAAGUUCUGUGUUUUUCAGUUACUAUAUUUGAUUACCCAACCGUAAGAAUCAGGUAGAUAUGACACAGCAGGACGAACUCUCGUGGUCGAUUUCGUUAAACCUCAGGAACUGUCAUACUUUUGUUUAAGUAUAACAUUCGAUUUGUUUCCGUUCGCCAAAGGCAAAGAAAAUAUUGGUUUCGGUUCUCUCCCAUGUGUUCUUGUUUUUUCUGUAUAUCAUUAUUGGCAUCCUGCCCAUCAGUCAUGUGAUUCCUGUUUAAGCCAUUACAGCCAUAUGUAAUGUAUCCAUAGUCUUUUCUCUUUGAAUCCAGGUUACCUAGGGAACACCAAGGAAAACAGAACCUCAGUUGAGCUUCAAAAUCAGACAACACAUUAGUUAUCUGAGGGUUAGUUCUUCAUCCAACAGUGGGGAUGUCAGAUAAGAGGCUCUCCUAAAGAAACUUCAGUGAAGCUCUAUUACAAAUUCUGAAUUUGUAUUAAUGAAGAAAUGGAAAAACCCGACACAAUGGAUGCAUCUUCAUCCAACAGUGCUACAUGGAGGCAGAAGAAAUUAGACCAGCAGCGGCAGUUGAUGGAACAAAAACAGAAGGCCAAGCGUCAGCAACCUUCCUUGGUCCAUGCAUCACAACUGCGACCUCUGUCCAGUAGGUCUGCAUUAUCUGGGAAAUCAGGUAUAGGGGAUGACCACAAUUCAAGCUUGCCAACAGCCAUCCAAGUGCUACCAGUUGUUGGUCAGUCAUCAGACUAUGACGAUGAACCUACCGUUUCUGUACCACCUAGCGAUUCCAACAAAUUAGCUAGCCAAUUUCGAAGUUUUAGUUUAUCACCUGUUUCAGCCGAUAUUUCAGAGCCAGAAACUGAAACAGAAGAGGACCAAGAAUCUAGACCUUAUCUCCGUAAAGAGUUGCACAAAGAGAACAAACGACCACGUCCACUUUCUACGCCCAUAGAAAGCAAUAAUUCUCCAUCCCAUGAUCGUCUGAAUUACCGACAGGGUUCCACCAUAAUUAGUGGAUCUACACAGCUGAACGACAUUCAAGAAAACUUGGACCAAUUUGUUUUCAAAGCUGCCCCUAAAGAAUCUCAGAUGAAGUGCCGUAUUACACGUGACCGAAAAGGAAUGGAUCGCGGGUUGUAUCCUACUUAUUUUUUACACCUUGAACGUGAAGACGGAAAGAAAAUUUUUCUUCUCGCCGGACGCAAACGGAAGAAAAGUGCCACAAGCAAUUACAUUAUUUCAACGGAUCCUACGGAUCUUUCUCGAGGAGGGGAAGCGUUCGUGGCAAAACUGCGUUCUAAUGUUUUCGGCACCCAUUUCACCCUUUAUGAUGAUGGCCACAAAUUAAGCAGUCGGCAAGAACUCGCCGCAGUUAUCUAUGACACUAACGUACUUGGAUUUAAGGGUCCCAGAAAAAUGACUAUUAUUAUUCCAGCUAUGUCCAUUGAACAACAGCGCAUUGAGAUUUGCCCGUCGGUACAGCAUGAAGGCAUAAUUGAGCGGUGGAAGCGAAAGAUGAGUGACGACCUUCUUGAACUUCACAACAAAACGCCAGUUUGGAACGAUGAUACUCAGUCAUAUGUGCUCAACUUUCAUGGUCGAGUUACUCAGGCAUCAGUAAAGAACUUUCAGUUGGUCCACGAGGAUGAUGCCGACUAUAUCAUAAUGCAAUUUGGUCGUGUCGCGGAGGAUGUUUUCACAAUGGAUUUCCGUUACCCAAUGUGUGCAGUUCAAGCAUUUGCUGUGGCAUUAAGCAGCUUCGACGGCAAACUGGCGUGCGAGUGA